AUGAAGCUUCUGGCGACCAUCAGCUCCGCCCUUGCCGGGUCGCCCGGUAUUGACUUUUACCUCAACGACGGUGACUACUGGCCGAUUGGUGCAUGCAGUUCUGAUAAGGCCUGUUCCGCCUGGAGAAUCAGCACCAAGCCUGGGUGGGAAAAAACUUGGGCCGCAAACUUGAAGUGUGAUCUCAGCGUCGAAAAGUGCACUUGCGCCGAUGGUUGGGUCGAUCUCGACGGAAAGCCAGAAAAUGGCUGCGAAUCAAAGGCCGGUGAAUCUCUUCUCGGCGGUAUGUGCUAUUACAGUAGCUGUUUUCUAGAAGAUAAGUGCAAUGAGUUCCAUCCUGGGCUCGUCUGCUCUAAGAUAACUGGCUGCUGCGAGUGUGAAGGAGAAGAACCCCUUCGACCAACAAUUUUUGGUCAAAAUAAGGGUUGUCUGGACAAGAAUUGCCCAGAAGGAGCUGUUUGGGAUAAGGAAAUAAAAUGGUGCCUCUGCGAAGAUGGAAGACUUCCCCAGUACAACUUGCCUGACCUCGAUGAUAGUGUCUGUUGUCCACCAGGACUUUGGGGAAAUCCAUGUGGUUGCUCGAACGGAGUGAUUCCGGACCUUACUGCCGAAGAUCCUUGCGACCCUGGGUGUCCGGAGAAUCUGUAUUGGGAUCCAAGCACGAAACGUUGCGAGUGUCCUGGGAAUCUUGUCUACGAUCCAAGUACUGGACAAUGCGAAUGCCCGGAAGGUAUGCUACCCGGAGUAACAGGAAAUUGUUUCUGCCCGACAGGAACUUACGAGGUAACUGGCGUUGAGCCGACUAAGUGCUGCCCUAUCGGAACCUGGUACAACCCCCAAACAGAAAGAUGCGAAGAAAAUGAUCAUGACAACUGCCCCCCAAAUAUGUACACAGUACCAAAUGUGAUUCCACACCAGUGCUGUCCUGAUGACAGUGUUUGGGAUCCCGUGACACAAGAGUGUGACUGUCCAGAAGGACAUUAUCUAACAACCGAUCCUUUGUAUGUUUCUAUUGAAAGAAACGUUUGCUGUCCUGAUGGAACUGUUUACAUUCCUUCGUUGGAUAGUUGUGAUUGUCCAAAUGGUUCCUAUGCGGUUCCUGACGAAAGUCCGACACAGUGUUGUCCAGACGGGUCUCAAUGGCAAGCCAACACGCGUACUUGCGAAUGUCCUGAGGGAACCUAUCUAACAACUGAUGAUUACGACCGAGAAGUUUGCUGUCCGGAAGGAACUAAGUGGAUUCCACACUUGGACCGAUGCGACUGCCCUCCUGGUACUUACGCUGCCAGCAUCAAUCCUAUUCGAUGCUGCCCAGACGGUUACAAUUGGAAUGAAGAUUUCAAUGACUGUGUUCCAGAUGACGGGCUUUCUCAUUGCCCAGAAGGAACUUAUGCUGUUGCUGGAAUCACCCCACUCCAAUGCUGUCCCGAGGGAACCGAAUGGGAUCAUGAUAAAAACAUGUGUGUCGAUCCAUCUGAUCCAACUGACCCGACUGGAUCCCCUUGCCCAGAAGGAACCUACCCAGUUGCUGGAACAAAUCCUGUUGAAUGCUGUCCUGAGGGAAGCCAUUGGGAUUUUGAGAAGAAAACCUGCCUCGAUCCAACUGAUCCAGUUGACUGUCCUCCAGGACAUUACCCCGUUGCCGGAACAGACCCUGUCGAGUGUUGCCCUGAUGGUACCCACUGGGAUUUUGAAAAGAAAGCCUGCGUUGAUCCAGUCGAUCCUAUUGAGAAAUGCCCUGAAGGAACAUACCAAAUUCUUGGGAUUGUCCCUCUUAAAUGUUGUAAAAUCGGCACUUUCUGGGAUCCUGAUCGAGAAAUUUGCGGUGAUCCUACCGAUCCAGUUGAUCCAAUCGAGGAAUGUCCAAAAGGCUUCUAUCAAGUUGCUGGAGUAACUCCUCUUCAAUGCUGCCCAGAAGGAACAAAAUGGAUUCCAGAGCUCAAGCAGUGCAUGUGCCCAGACGGAUCUGACCCAGUCGCCGGCCAAUUCCCUCCAUGCGAAGACCCUGAGCAAUGUCCAAAGGGAACCUACCUUGUUGAAUUUGUCUUGCCACAAAUUGUCUGUUGUCCACUUGGUACCAAAUACGUCCCUGAUCGUGACGAAUGCCUCUGCCCAGACGGCAAUCCAGUCGACGACCUUGGCCUCUGUGUUGACUGUCCAGAAGGAGAAUACGCUGUUUCACGAUUCCCUGAACUCAUUUGCUGCCCAGAAGGAACAUGGUUCGAUAAGGAGAUGAAAGAAUGCCUCUGUCCUGAUAAAACGAAGCCGGACGAGAAUGGCGAUUGCGUCGAUCCUUCCGAUAAAUGCUUAAGACCAUUAAAAUACGAUUUUAUCACUGGAAUGUGCGUUUGCUGGAAUGGAGAACCACCAAUUGAAGGCGAAGCUACCGUCCCCGUUGACGAAUUUGGCUGUCCACCAAAUGACUGCCCUGAAGGUCAGAACGCGUUCUUCGACAAGAAAGGAAACCUCCAAUGCUGCCGAGAAGGACUUGUCUACAAUAUCCAAAAAGACACUUGCGUUUGCAAAGACGGAACCCUUCCAACCGCCACUGGCGAUUGUGGAUCUUGCGAAAAGUGGCAAAACGCAUUCUACAUCGAAGAUCAGAUCAUUUGCUGCGGAGUUAAUGAAUACUACGCUGCUGAUCAUAAACACUGCAUGUGCACUGACGGUACGCAUGUAGAAAAAUGUCCUUUUCCAUGCAAAGACAACGAGAUUCAUGAAGUUGAUCCGACUGGAAUGACCGCUGGCGAGUGUGUCCCGAUGUGCGAUGAUGGACACGUUUUCAACAAGCUCACUAAGACUUGCCACUGCACUGAUGGCCGACCAAUCGACGAGGGAUACCCUGGCGGAUGUCCUCCUAUUGUCGUCGAUUGCAGCAAGUUUUUCGGUGACGAAAUUCAUUUCUUUGGUGAUGAGAUUCAUGGCCAAUGGGUUUUUGUCCCAUGGGAUACAAAAGACGGUCCAGUCUGCUGCCAUAUCGAAGCUCAUUACAAUCCUGAAAUUGGCCAAUGUGUCUGCAACGACGGAUCCAAACCGGAUGAACGAGGUUUCUGCGGAAAAUCCUGCCCAGAAGAGCUCGUCUUUGCUCCUUAUCCACCAACUGGAGAGAUGGCUUGUCUUUGCCCCGAAACUUUCAAGUUCCCCAACGCCGAUGGUGUUUGCAUGGACAAUCCAUGUGAAAAGGGUCUAAACCCAUUCAAGCUUCCUGAUGGUUCCGUCGCUUGCUGCCCAGAAGGAUCAUAUUUCGAUUACGAGAUGAAGUCAUGUAUUUGCUUCUCUACCAAGCGAGCUCCAGAUGAAAACGACGAGUGCCCAGAGAAAUGCCCAGAUGACACUAUUCCAGUUAUCGAUGAUGAGACUGGCGAUCUCAACUGUGUCGCCGUCGACUGUGCUCCUGGAUUCUACCUUGCUUACAAAGAGAUCUGUUGCCGAGAAGACAAGAUCUUCGAUAAAGAGCGAUUCCAGUGCGUCUGCCCACCUGGACUUGCCGAUUUCGAAGGACGAUGCCAGGAGAAAUGCCCUCUCGGAUCCACUUAUGACGGAGAAGAAUGCGUUUCAAAAUGCCCCGAGGGACAGAUUUUCCGAGAAGGAGCUUGCUACUGUGCUCUUGAUGGAUCUCUUGCUUCUCUAGACAAACCUUGCUGCGAAUUCGGACAAAGCUGGGAUGCUAAGAAGGGUAUUUGCACUUGCGAUGGCGAUCUUUUCUGCGAAAAAGCUUGUCCAAAAGACCGACCGAAUUUGUUCAUCGACAAGUUUGGCGAUCGACAGUGCUGUCCCGAGGAUAUGGUCUUUGACGUCAUCAACCAUGCUUGCAUGUGCAGCGGUGGUGUCGACAAGCCAGCGUUCAAGCCUCUUGAUGGAAGCUGCAGAUGUCCCGAUGGCGAGCGACAAAUGAUGAACGCCGACAUGACUUCUUUCGUCUGCGUUGAUGGAGGCUGCCCCAACGGACUUGUCGUUGAUGAGAUCACCAGCAACUGUGUCUGCCCCAAGGACUCCUGGCAAUUCAUCAACUCGAUCGGCGUUCCAGUUUGCUGCAAACGAGACCAGAAGUGGUCCGAAGAGCUCCAGGAAUGCAUCUGCGUCGAAACCAAUCUGCCAGCUCUCGAUGAUGGAACAUGCGAAGAUCUUGGCGACGAAAAAUGCCCACCUGGAUGGACUUUUGUCAAAGAAACCAUGCUUUUCAAUGAUCAGCCUUUUCGUUGCAUGCCAAUUUGCCCUGAACCAUCGAUCGCCUAUGUCAAGCCACUUGAUUGUUUCAGCGUUGUUAACGCCGCUGAAUGUCUUGCUACCGCUGCUGUUGAGUGCAUGUGCAAGGGUGAUUACAGAUACAACGGAACAGCUGACAACAUGAUCGACUACAUCCUCUACGGAAGCUGCGAGAUGGAAGAGUGUCCGCCAGGCCUUGUCCGAUCUGAUGACAUUUUGACCUUCAACGAAUGUACUUGCCCAUACAAGUGGCAGAAGCAAAUCCAAACGGCUUCCAUCCCCCCUCAGAUAAAGUGCACUUGUGAUGAUCCAAAAUACCAGGUCAACGAGGAGACCGGCAUGUGCGAGUGUAAACCACAAAUUGCUGAAUACAGCGUCACCGGAUUCGAUGGAUCCUGUGAUUGCCCACGAAACAUGCUUUUCAAUGCCGAAAAGGAUGUCUGCGAGGAGAUCAACACUGGAACUGUGGUUGAGAUUGACGAAAACUGCUGGUACUACGAUUUCGAAACUGAAGCUUGCUUGACGAAGGAGGAAUUCGAAAACCAGUUUGAUGCUAAGCCUACUGAGAACCCCUUCACUCAAAACGACAAGGACUGUCCCGGCUUUGAAGUUGGCUGGAAGGGACUCAAGAGCUCCAAGAUCCAGUACAAGUCUCCAACUGGCUACCUGAUCCUCGUAAACAUCCUGAACAACCAGGGCAAUGUCGAUGUCACAGUCGAUGAUUACAUUGGUUUCAUCAUUUUCAGCAAGCGAUAUUGCGGAAUCGACUUUAUCAAGGAGCUCGACAAUGGCAACGUUACCGUCUCUUUCUAUGAUAAGACGCCUUCUUACGACAGAUCAGAUGUCUACGUCCGAUUGGACAAGGGCCAGUCGCAGACUGCUAUUCAAUUCACGACGAAACACGAUCGAGACGCAGCUGGCAAACCCGACUACCAUUUAGGUAACACGAAGAAGGAUCAGUUCCUCCUCCACGUCGAGUUUGAUCAUGAAAUCAACUUCGUCGACACGCCUGAAAAUUGCUUGACCCGAUUCAACAUCGGUGUCAUGAAAUCCGAGAUGGACUUUACCCAGGACUACACCCACUGCGUCGCCAACUCUCUUUGGUGGAGCGCUCCAGUUUUCAACUAA